AUGAAACUUCUUUUCAGUAUUCUUGUUUUUGCCAUCUGCAAUGAUACGGUAGAGUCCUAUAUCACUGGUUCUUCUCCAAUUGGCGGAGCCAAUUGGAUGAAGGGCAACAAUGCUAUCAACCACAUCAGCACCAAGAAGGCUCCUUCUACUGAGACAACCGCAGCUGCUGAUGUCGAAGACCUCUUUCGGAAAGAAUACAACGAGUGGGCCACUCGUUAUGGCAAAACGACCACCGAUGAACGCCGCUUUGAAAUUUUUAAGCGCAAUUAUAUGAUGCAAAUGCAGCACAACAAAAAGACGGGCUCCUUCAGGCUUUUAAACGAGUUCGGGGACAGUGAGUAUUACCAUGUUGUGUACAGUAUAAAAGGUGACGUUUACUUUGAGGCGAAUCAAAGAUCUCACAAUAUAAUCCUUGUACAUGAUUUCUUCUCUUUUUUUACUUCUGAUCACUGCCAUCGUCUCUAUCAUUGUACGGCAGUGACUGAAAAGGAAUUCGAACUCGGGGAGUACGAAACACAGAAGAGUGAAAAUAGUCCGAAAUCUGCCGAUAAUGUAGUGGAAGUAGAACUCGUCAUGGACGAUCCUGUCCCCAAAGUCCGUAUGCUAGAUUCGGAAACCAUCCCGAGAGUCUCGGAUUUUGAGAUUCCUCACAACCGAUGGAGACACGAAAUUACUCAGCAGCAGCAACGGCAGCGCCAGCAAGCCCCCGYCGRCUUUGAACCAAAGGUGAAUCCAAUUCGAUACCCAUCGAUGGAAGAACCUAGAAGAAGGAAAAGGCGUGUGGUUCGGUUGCAGGUUGGACCCGACCGGAUUCUUUGAGUUGGUUCUAAUCUAAAACCUGGAAACGUUCCCUGAUUUUUCAGAUACAUUAUACAGGCA